GCCGACUACCUUUGAGUCCUGUCUCAUCUGAUUUGGAUAACAAGGUAAGUGCUUGGCUCUUGUCUUUAAUGAAAGCAUUUGGGUUAAGCAUUUAUGACUAGAACAAUAAUCAAUGUAAAUGAAUUAUUGCUUUUUUUGGUUACUGUUAUAAAUGAUGGAGGGUUGAUUCGUCUCUCACAACCUCUGAUCUCUACGCAGAUGGCAUUCAAUCUUCAGCUUGUUGUGCUGCUUUGUGUGAGCAGUGGACUGUGGAUGGGAGCAAAUGUAAGUAUUGUUUUCAUUUGAUUCUUCACUGUGGGCUUUACUGCAGGCUGUAGCUGCUGGAAAAUACAAGUACUCGUGUCAGUUUCUAUUCAAACUGACUUUUGAACAUAAGGCAUCACAGCUCAUGUGGUUACAUAUUCAUAUAUAAGAUAUCCUGUCUCACAAUCAUGAAAGUAUUUCUUUAUGUUUUAUAUAUGACAUAACUUCAGCUUUGGGUAUUUAUUGAAUGACUAAAGGUAAUUAUUUUCAUCCACAGGCAAGAUGUCCAAAAAAAGGUCUGUACUUUGUUUUCUCCACUUCUAAAGUUAAAUAAUGAAAUAUCAUAGAAGAGAACAUUUCUGCUGCCGGACUUGGGGUGUCCACUGCUGGUCAAACACUGUGAAGCAUUUGACUACGCACCUAAUUUUUUUCUUGUAGUAAAGUUAAUAACCAAAUAGAGAACCUUAGUGACAGCUGAAUUUUUACAUUUUCUCCGAAAACUUAGGACUUGCUGAGUAAAAGCCGGUAACAGUAAAUAAAGUUUUAUUUUGUUCCAGUAUUCAAUCAUCCUGCACGUUUAUUAGUUUAAAAUGUACUGCGGACUGAAAUCUGGGCAUUAUACCAUGUACAAAGUUUAGCUCUUAUGGCUUCAGGAUUGUCUGUCUGACAGGACAUUUGUGUUGUAGAUGAAUGCUGUAUGGCCUGCCCUGACGGAUGGACAAGGUUUGAAGGUCGCUGUUUCAAAUUUCACUUUGGACCAAAGGGAUGGUGUGAUGCUGAGGUACUUAAAACAUCUAUAAUACUGUACAACAUAAUUUGUUGUUGAAUUACAUAAACCUUUUCAUGGAGUCAUUGUGUACUACUUCUAAAUCUGCCUCCUACUUUCUAGUCCCAAUGUAUAAAUGAGGGUGGCAAUCUGGCUUCAAUCCGUACCGUGAAAGAACUGGAAAUAUUAAGAAAUUUCACGAAGCUGACUACAGGCCAAGAAGCGCGAACUUGGAUGGGGGGCUUUGAUGCAGUCAAGGUGAGUUAUUAAUACAUAUAAUUGUGACGGUAAUAAAGGGGAUACAGGCUGCUAAAACUCAAGCCACACUGGAGAAAAUUAACCAAUGAUAAAAAAAAAAGUACCUGCUAACUGUAGUGUGUGGAAACAAAGCAAAAAUAUAGACCUGAAAGGAUGUGACUCACUGGCUAAACCCACAGGAUCCGUAGUGGCUCCGGUCCGCUCUGGACUGGCAGGCAGAUCCGAUCCCUGAGCAUACAGCUCUGACCAGGUCCGAUCGGCCGCCAUCGGAGGAGGAGAAGCGCUCGAGAGAUUACUGAUAUUUCUCGUGAGAUUGGACGAGAUCUCACAAGCUCUAGUGUGUUUCCCCGAGAGUCAUAGAAUGAGAUCUGCUGAUCGGCGUAUAUCAACAGCGGUGUAUAUCAACACCCACAUCCCACAACCCUGGCCUCUCCUACUAUCUAGUUAACAACAGGUCAAUGUAUUGACUUUAUUUUAUGUUGAAAAUUAAGCGGGUAUUUUACUCUGUAAUCGCAUACAACUUCUGCUGCUGUUCAUGCUGCGCUGCACUGAAUUGAUGCACCGUGCUCCGGCAUCCAGCAAAAAUAGAAGCCUUGCGUAUCUGAUCCGGCCGCUGGAGCAGAUCCGCAGCAGAGCCGUACUCCGAAUGGAUUCUGUGGAAUGACUCACAUUGAUUAUAAUGCUUGCGGAUUUGGUCUGCCGGCCGUGCCGGCGCGGAGCAGGGCGGAGCCGUUCCAGACCCUGUGGGUUUUGCCCGUUAGAGCCUGGUGUACUUAACAUGUGCUUGGGUAAAAAAUCGUUCAAUGUCACCCACAAAAAAACAAGCAGCCUGAGCUACUGAUAACACAUACUGUUUAUUAAGUAUGUUUGCCUUUAUGGGGUGUUUUUGCCUUUCCACUCAGGAGAUUGGAAAGGCAUGGUACAAUAUACAGGUACAGGUAUACAGGUACAAUAUAAUAAGCACAGCUGCUCUCAAAUAACACUUCAUCACUGAAGUUUUCUGCAUGUCAGGCCUUCCUGUUCACUGUUACGGCUGCCUCUCGACUUGUCGGGCAAUUAAGGACAUAACACCAUCUUUAACCUGCUCAAAUCAUGCUGCAUAUAAAUUCUCCUGUUAUUGCUCACAUAUAUUGCCUUUCCUUUCAGGAGGAUUGCUGGCAAUGGGCUGAUGGCUACAAGUUUGACUUUGACAGCUGGGCCCCAGGGGAGCCAAACAACUAUGGACCAGGAGAACACUGCAUGGAAAUGUCCCACACUGGUAUGAAUUUGAAUUGAACCAAAUAUCUACAGUCUUUCAUAGAAAAUAAUUGCUCCUGUAGCAGAAGAUAUGGUCAUGGUACUGUCACAAAGAGUGGCAUUUCUCAUCACUUGGUGUUGUGUUUGUUUUCCAACAGAAACCCAACCUAUCAACGAUGCCCCAUGUAACAUUGAGAAAGCUUUCAUUUGUUCAAGAGACCUUGAAAGGAAGGAGGCUUGAUAAUGCAACAUCUUCACAGAUUUUGAUGGAAGUCAACUUACUGUCAUCCUUACACCUUGAUGGCAUCAGUGCUCAGAUUUUCUGCCAUUUCUGAUUCAUCAGAGUGUAACUUAAUAAACCAAUUCUCAGCAUUCAA